AUGCAUGAUCCUUGCUUCCACGCCGACAUCAUUGGCCCCGCACAUGCAACGUACCCCUUCUAUCGCUAUGAGCCCAUCUUGAUGUGGAAUUUGUUACGGCACGUCCGCCCAGGUGUACUCUAUCUAUUUGGCGAUCGUAGCCCCGUUUCAACACCGGAUCUCCGCAAAGAGAAGUUGACGCGAACUGGGACAAGCAUCGGUGGCAGUGGUGGCUGGAAGAUUAACCGGGUGAAAGAGAUCACAAUCCCUGACACAGGGCACCAACUUCCCUUCGAGAAUGUCUCUCGCGUAUGCAAGGAGACAGCGGUGUGGCUCGAGGAAGAGGUCGCCCGAUGGUCUGAGGAUGAAACGCGCAUCUCUGAAGACUGGCUGGACGCUAUACCAGAAGUACGAUCUUCGGUCUCAAGUGGCUGGAAGGCGCACCUUGAUUCUUGUCUUUCCCUAACUGUCGUGGGUCCCAAAGCACAGUCCAAAUUAUGA